AUGUCUUCCACUGUGGACUUCUAUUCAUCCUUUCCGACACUGGGAGUUCCAACCAUCGACCUGACUGAGGAUCACCCGCCGAAGGCCCUUGAGAGCCAAACCGCGGAAUUCUCUCGGACAGUUCCCAUUCGGAACGGUCUACCCACCCCUCCUCUCGAUAUGGCAGGCCUCACUUACAAUGCCAUGCCACCUAUCGCAUAUGGGGGGAAACCGAACGGGGUCUCCUCUCACCUCUACAGUCAUUCGCGCUCCCAGUUCGACUCCAUCUCCUCCAUGAUGGCCAUCAAACCGCAAAGCCACGCUGCGACCAAAGAAGCCUGCGCAACGGAACCAACUGCUCAGAAGAAGUCAACUGGUGGGACUGGAUCGCAACUCCGCAUUCCUUCAUCCAUCAACAACAGCAAAGGCAGUCUGGCCGAGUUUGCAGCUCAGGUGAGAAUUCCCCGGUCUACACAGGAGCGUGUUCAUGACACCUCGAAACUGCAAGCUAUCGAAGACCGCCAACAUCCCGUUCCUUCUCUCGUCGCCGAAGCUGUCCCCACCGUCGGAUUCCAGAAAUGGGUUGCCUCGAUUCUCUCCACGACACAAGUCAGCCAGAACGUCAUUCUAUUGGCACUUUUGUUUAUCUACCGUUUGAAGAAAUUCAACUCUGGGGUCAAGGGUAAGAAAGGCAGCGAGUUCCGGUUGAUGACGGUUGCGUUGAUGCUCGGCAAUAAAUACCUCGACGAUAACACUUACACCAAUAAGACGUGGGCUGAGGUAUCGGGUAUUGCGGUGCAAGAGAUUCAUAUAAUGGAAGUUGAGUUUUUGAGCAACAUUCGCUAUGAUUUGUUCUCCUCCGAGGCCGAAUGGUCCCGGUGGCAUACCAAGCUAGGCCUCUUUGGAGACUACUUCAACCAGGCCGCGAUGCUUCGUGUUUCGCCUCCCCGUGUGCAAUCAAAGUCGCCCUCGUCCAAGUUGCCGUCACCUAGUACCGAUGCCUUCCGAUCUCAGCCGCCGCCCAACUGGUACAUGCCACCUAAUGGAUUGCCAUACUCACUGCCGCCACAACACUUAGGUGGCGAGGCAGCAAUGGGUGGUCCUCGGAAACGAAGUCGCGAUGAGAACGAUGAACUUCAUCCCACCAAGCGGCUUGCCUUAUCUUCCGCCACACCUGCUCCGUCGAUGACGGCCCCGGUGGCUGCCAUGAAUACGUUGCCCACCCUGCCACCCGUCUUGACUCCCACUUCUGCCCCCGUGGCUCCAACAACCGUUGCUCGCCUUCCGCUUCCUCACCAUCCGGCUCCUCUUUCAAAUUCCUAUUCGGCGCCUCAGACGCUCCCUCCCACGGCAUCUUCCCACCUGCCAGCUAUUAUGCCUCCUAUCUACAAUCGACCGGCGAAUUGGCAGCAGAUGCCUCCUCUCUCCGUACCCCCGAUGUCAUCUAGCAUGUACACCGCCCCUUCACUGCCAGAACUAGGCCGGUACCACCAGAACUCAUUUGGGGUGUCUUCUGCCACCGUAUCGCCCGCUGGCUCAGCUUACUCCGUCCACACUCCGCAGACACACCUCUCUCCUUCCUUCUUCCUCGCCAACCGCAACUCGCCUUACCGGCCAGUGCGUUCCGUCAACACUUUGUUGAUUCCACCUUCGUCAAGCUCCCUACAGCAGCAACGCAAUGUUCCCUUUGAUCACAUGCACUACCAGCCGCUUGGAAAGGGUAACACUUCUCGCAAGACCGGCCUGCUGCCCUACAUCCAGCCUGAUGCGUGGAACCAAGCUCCUUAUAUGCAUCCUAUCUACCCACCCGCUGGUUACCCUAGUUGA